AUGAUUUGUCUGCUGGUGAUUUUCAGUCUCCUUUUCUCUUCCGCUCGAGUGAGCUACGCCGCGCUUCUGCAGGGAUCCUCCCCGUCCGUCUCUCUGCGUCAUCAGAGGUCGCCUUCUUCGUCUCUCUUCGCUCGUUCCACUCUUCCCCGUUUUCCCCGAGAGCCGAGCCUCCAUCUGCUCUCUGCCAGGCCUUCCUCCGCUAUCUCCCGUUUCUCCAGUUCCUCUGUCGCUUCGCUGUCUCCCCGUCCUCCGCCGCCACAGUCGCAGGCGCGGUGUCCUGCUUCUUUUCCCUCUGCUUCUUCUCCCUCGUCCUGCUUCCCUCCUCCACCUCCUUCGUCUUCGCCUCGCUUAGCAGGUCGCUUCGGCCUUCAACAUGCACCGCCCGUAGCCUUCGGCGCGUUUCCAGCCUCGCGAAAAGCAGCGAUCUCUGCCGAUGCAGGCUGCCGAGGAGCCGCGACUCUGGAGCGACGCUCCGAGGAAGCUGCGCAUGCAUUCAGAUCCCCUGGGAGACUGCCGCGCUCGGCGCCUGCCUGCUUUUCGGCGUCUCUGAAACUCCAAGUAUCCGGCGCCGCCUCGCCGCCCAGGUGUCUCGACACCCCAGUUUUUUCGGCGACCUCAAACCACCCCUGGGAGGAUGGCGCUACGAGGAGACGCGCCGCUUCUUCUCUCGGCUUUCCUCGAUCCUCCGCCUCUUCUCCGUCCUCUGCGUCUUCCCUUUCUGAGUUUGCCGUCCUCCGCGACCCGGUGCCGAUCGCCGACUUCGAAAAUGGAGCAGACAAACGAGAGAAACUUGGGCGCCCGGGGGAGAGUCCGGAUCUGAGAGAGAAGCGCUCGCGAGCUCUCGCCUUUCAGUCUCUCCCGCCUGCGUCGUCACACCCGGCCGCCUCUCUCCCUCUCAGAAAGGACGCGGACGUCUCGCUGUCUUCGUCUGCCUCUCUCCACUCUGGGCAUGCCUUGCCAGAGAGACAGGCAGACUCCAGCGCGUCUUCCGAGCCAUCUCGUUCGUCUGAACCUUCGCCUUCUUGUGUAGAAGGCAUCGACUCGAGUACGUCGCCGCCUGGACCUGCUGCCGCGUCAUCGCGUCCGCCGGCUUCUGCUCAAGACCGAGGAAAAACACCUUGCCAGUCCUCCUCCCCCAGCAGAGCACCCUCCGCUCGCGGCCUUCCCUGCCGUCUCGCUGCCUUCUUACCUCCGUCAGUAUCCCUCCUCUUCUCUCGUCUUCGACCUCGUCCACCUCACUCCUCGCCUUUCUCUUUUCCGCUGACCUCCUCUCUCUCCUCUUCUCCUCUCUGCUCUCCGCUCUUUGCGUCUUCUUCUGCGUACGUCUCUCGCGCGCCUCGGCCUCCUUCGCCUCUUCUUUGCUCUCGCGCCUCUUCUUCGCCUCCCUCUGGGAGGGAAGGACCUCUAUGGCAGCGCUGGCUGCAUGCGUUCUCCUCUGGGCGUCCUUGGCCUUCCUCGAAGACCCAUGGCUGGUCCAGCUCACAAACGCCGGCCUCCGAGUCUCUCAGCGACGCCAGUUGCUCUUCCCUCCCUUCUUCUUCUCCCUCUUCUUCUUCUCCCUCUUCUUCUUCUGUCUCGGCCACUGCGGAGAGAGAGGCAGGACAGUUCCUGCAGCGGCUCGAGCGGUUCCGCGAGUCCGCGCGUCGACUUUUUCGACUCGGAGUGUCGCGUUGCUUCGCGUUCGGAUCUGCGUUGAAUUCUCGGCUUCGGGAGUCGGUGCUGGCGCAAGCGGCAGUGGUCCUCGCCGUCUACUUUGUUCACUUUGCAUACAUUUCGCAACAAACGUUUGUCUUGCCAGUCCAGCUCCUCCCCAAUCGCUGCGGCCUCUUCCAACAUGUCCAAGGAGACUCGCUCGCUGGCUGGGCGGCUCUCGCGCUUCUCUGCGCUUCGAAGAGCCAGGCGUUCUCAAAUCUCGCAAACGAAAAGUCCAAGUCAACAAGAGCGGCCAUACAGAGGCCCUACACACCUUCUGCACUUUCGUCUUCUUCUUCUCCCUUUUCUUCUCCUUCCUCCCAACCGUCUUCCUGGUCUUCUCCGUCUUCUUCUCCUCCUUCUCUCUUUUCUGCUUCUUUGUCUUCAGUCUCUCCGUCAGGUGUAUCGACGCCUCGAGGGCAGGUCACGGAGGCAGCGUCGUCGCGCUCGGGAGGCGCAGAGGUGCCUCCCUGCGCGCAUGCGUCGGGGACGACGGAUCUUUUUGUCGGUGCUUCUGCCGCGGAAGAAGACGAUACCGAACGCCAGACGAAGGAGCGCCGUCGCUUGCUCCCCGGCGGACGGCAUGCGCAGGUUUCGCGCAAGCUACCCUGGCAUGGUCCGUUUCCGGCGUUUCUGAAGAGCGCGUCGCUGCUCCUUGCCCUCCUCGGCUCCUACGUUCUGUCCGGCUAUGUAGCCUGCGGCCUCGACUUCCUCUUUUACUUCUUGCAUGCGGCGGGAGUCGUGACGCUCGAUGUUGCGAUGCACCGCGCGCUGCAAGUGCUCUUGGCUCAUCUCGCCUGGGUCUUCAUGGGGGUCGCUCUGCUCAGACUCUCCCCGAUCACCUUCUUCCAGAGCGCUUGGGAGCCGCCGCAUUAUGAAGCGCCUGCGCCUGCCUGCUCAGAGACCGCGAGGGAGGAGACAGAGGAGGAACCGACCGGAUCUCCACCCUUUCAAAGCGACUCGACGGAGGGGAAACGCGACGGAGAAGAACCGCAAGAUCAGACUCGAAGACUGGGGGCAGGAGAGGGGAAGGACGAAGAGACCGUUGAUGCCUGCGAAGAGCGAUCUGCAGGACUGCAAGUGGAGCAAAGGUCUUGUGCGACCUUGUCGUCACGUUGGCGAAAGGGUCCCGUUGCCUCCCUUCUGCUUUCGCGAGACACCGAUCGCGAAAGCAACGCAGGUCUUCCUGCGGACGGCAACGAAAGCUCGAACUCAAAGCGCGUCCACGACGCGAAACUCCCCCCUCGGCAACUGGAAGGCUGCUUUUUCCUGGCCUCCCGCAGAGGCGAGGAAGCAGGACUGGGCGGCAUGGUGGAAGCCGAGACAGAGAAGCAUCUGCUCUCUUCGGGCAACAAGGUCGCCGGAAGUUGCGAGUUCUUUCGCAGACUCUGGUGGAGAAUCAAGAGACCACGAGAGGCCGAGAGGAACUUCGACACACAGGCGCGCCACCGGGAGUCUCUCCGCUCUCCCCACAGCGGCCUGAAGCCGCAAGAUGCCUUGCAGACCUCGGCGCGCGUCGGGUGUACAUACACCCCAGGACUCGGCGCGAGCGGGAGUCACGCAAAGGCGAAGACUGGAAGUUCUCUGGUGGAGAAACGCGCGAACGCAAGGUGGUUUACUGUGCGGAGUCGAGGGAAAGGCGGCUUGUGGGUGUGGCCAGUCAUCUCGGGAUACCUGAUUUCUUGUCUUUUCUUUAAUUUGACGGAGUUUCUCAACGACGCCUUGAUGAGUUUCCUUCCCGAAGAACCGCAGGGUCCGACAAUUGUGCAACAUAUUAUGAAUCCGACGCUCAACACACAUUUGUCUUUUCUCGUCGGUGCACUCGCGCCCUGUCUCUCAGCUCCCGGGUGGGAGGAGCUUCUGUACCGCGGCUUCUGUCUCCCGCUAUUCUCGCAAGUCAUGCCUCUCUCUCUUGCCGCAGUUCUCUCUUCGCUGCUCUUCGCAGUGCACCACAUGAACGUUCAGACCGUCCUCCCGCUCUGGGUCCUGGGCCUCACCUGGACUGCGGUGUACGUACACUCGAAGAACCUCCUGACGACAGUCCUCAUCCACGCAAUGUGGAACAGCCGAAUUUUUCUCGGCAACCUCUUUGGCUGCUAA